CAGGAGAAACACUUGAACUCAUUUUGGCUGACGAGACUGUGAGUAUCAUUUCCAUUUAGUCUAUUCUUUUCAUAACUUCUUCUGCCCUCACUACUUUAUAUUAUAUAUUAUAGGGAAUGAAAAUACACGGGUCCGUGAAAAAAGACUUGGUCAACCGUUACGUCAACCACCUAACCAUUGGCUCAUGGAGGUUCAUCGAGACCUUCUCAAUCACUCAUGCAGUUGGUCAGUUUCGUCCUACCACUCAUUUGUACAAACUCAAUUUUGUCAACGGGACCUAUGUUGCUGUUAGUGAUCCUAAGUCCGACUCAAACUUCCUAAGCUUGACAAAGUUUACAAGAGUUGAGGAUCCAGACCUUAACACUAACAUGUUGAUUGACGUGAUCGGUCAAGUGGUGAACAUUGGUGAUAUGGAGACAGUUGAAGUUAACAACAAGCCAACGCAUAAACUCGUGUUUGAGAUGCAGGAUGAAAGAGACGAGAGGCUAUCGUGUACCUUGCGGGGCUCAUUCGCUGACAAAGUUUUUGGAGGCUGCCAUGCAUCAAAUGGUGUCAUUGUGGUUUGCAUCCUCCGGUUUGUUAAAGUGAAAACAUACAAAGGUAGUAGAUACCUAUCUAAUUCCUAUGAUGCAUCACAAGUGCAUAUCAACCCUGCUUGGAUAGAAGUUGAUAAUUUCAUCAAAUCCCUUCCAAAUGAUGGUCUGUCUCUCGCUUUCCGUGAAUCUGUCCCAAAGUUGGAGAUUGUGGUUGUCACAUCAGAAGACACCAGUCAGUAUUCAAGGAAAACCAUUGCGGAACUUAUCGAUUCAGUUGAGGUUGAUCGGGAAAGUAAGAGUAAUGAGCACCAUCUACGCAAUUGA